UGGACACUGUGGAACCGGCCCAUCCGGGAAGCAGAAGGGUCUCUGCUCUUUGGACUGGGGAGGACUCCAUAUUCUCCCAAUCUUCGAGCAAGAGGGAGGACGACGAAAACGAGAGAGAUUCCAGAUGGGCUGCGCUCGAGAGGCUUCCAACCUACGACAGAGCAAAGAAGGGAUUUCUGAAAUCAGAAGAUGGGGAGCUCAAAGAGAUCGAAAUGAAGAACCUCAGCUUUCCGGAGAGGAGAAUGCUGCUUGAGAGACUGAUAGGUGUUAAAGAAGAUAACGAGAGGUUUCUUCUCAAGCUCAAGGAAAGAUUCAGUAGAGUUGGAAUCGAUUAUCCAACCAUCGAGGUGCGGUUCGAGAAUCUAAAUGUUGAGGCUCAAACUUAUUUGGGAAGCAGAAACUUGCCCUCCUUCUUCAAUUCAGUUCUUAACACAAUUGAGUUCUUCGGCAACUACCUUCAUAUAAUUCCAAGCAAGAAGAAGGCAUUCACUGUACUCCACAACGUUAGCGGAAUCGUCAAGUCUAGCAGGAUGACACUGCUUUUAGGCCCCCCCGGUUCAGGGAAGACUACACUGUUAUUGGCUCUAGCUCGGAAACUAGGAUCGGAUCUCAAGGUUUCUGGAAAUGUGACAUAUAAUGGCCAUACAAUGGAUGAGUUUGUGCCACAAAGAACGGCAGCUUAUAUAAGCCAGCAUGAUCUCCACUUGGGAGAGAUGACCGUGAGAGAAACUCUUUCAUUCUCUGCUAGAUGUCAAGGGGUUGGCAAUCGUUUUGAUCUGUUGACUGAAUUGCUAAGGAGAGAAAAGGCUGGAAAUAUCAAACCUGACAUUGACAUAGAUGUCUUCAUGAAGGCAUCGUCAAUUGAAGGGAAAGAAAAUGGUAUGAUCACAGAUUAUAUUAUCAAGAUUCUGGGAUUGGAAAAUUGUGCUGAUGUGAUGGUAGGCGAUGAAAUGUUAAGAGGUAUUUCUGGAGGACAAAAAAAGCGUGUCACCAUAGGGGAGAUGAUUGUUGGUCCAGCACAAGCAUUGUUCAUGGAUGAAAUAUCAACGGGCCUUGAUAUUUCUACAACUUUUGAGAUAGUGAGGUCAUUGAGACAUAUUGUCAGCAUUCUUGAAGGAACCGCAGUUGUCUCCUUGCUUCAGCCUCCUCCGGAGACUUAUGAGCUCUUCGAUGACAUCAUUCUUCUGUCAGAGGGGCAUAUUGUGUAUCAAGGUCCUCGUGAAGACGCGCUUGAAUUCUUUAAAUUCAUGGGAUUUGAGUGCCCCAAGAGGAAGGGGAUUGCUGACUUCUUACAAGAAGUGAAUUCUAUGAAAGAUCAAAAACAAUAUUGGGCACGAAAUGAUAAACCUUAUGUCUAUGUGACCGUUGAGGAAUUCGCAAAAGCUUUUUCCUCAUUUCAUGUACGGAAAAAUCUUCAAAAAGAGCUAUCUGUUUCCUUUGAUAGGAGCAAGAGCCACCCUGCUGCUUUAAAAACCUUCAAGUUUGGUGUUAGUAGAAUUGAACUACUGAAAACCUGUACUGAAAGAGAGCUGAUUCAAAUGAAGAGAAUAUUCUUUGUUUAUGUAUUUAGAGCUUUUGAAGUCAUGCUUAUGGCAAUUAUAGUGAUGUCACUCUUCUGGAAGACAGAAAUGCCUCACAGAUCUACGGAUGAUGGACAGAUUUACAUUGGAGCGCUCUUUUUCUCGAUUUUCAUUUCCUUGUUUUAUGGUUUCUCGGAGCUUACUUUAACCAUUCUUAAAUUACCUGUCUAUUUUAAGCAAAGGGACAAUAACUUUUAUCCAGCAUGGGCGUUUGCAUUACCGACUUGGAUCUUAAACCUACCAUUUUCAUGCCUUGAAGUAGCCAUUUGGGUGCUUCUCACUUACUUCACCGUAGGGUAUGAUUUAAGUUUAGAAAGGUUUUUCAAACAUUACCUUCUGCUGCUUCUUAUAAAUCAAAUGGCUUCAGGAUUGUUUCGCUUGAUUGCAGUAGUGGGAAGAACACUAGUUUUUGCCAACGUAUUGGCAGGCUUCACAUUCUUGGUGAUUCUGGUGUUGGGUGGAUUCUUAAUUUCACACGGGAAUGUGAAGAAAUGGUGGUUAUGGGCUUAUUGGGCAUCACCAGUAAUGUACUCACAAAAUGCUAUUUCAGUAAACGAGUUCUUAGGCAAGAGUUGGAGCCAUAUUUUACCUGGAACAAAUGAAACACUUGGAAUAACUAUCUUAAAGUCUCGAGGAAUAUUUCCGGAAGCAAAUUGGUAUUGGAUUGGUGUUGGAGCUUUGCUUGGAUAUGUUCUCCUAUUCAACUUUCUUUUCAUUGUUGCUCUCUCUAAUCUCAAACCACUUGGGAAGCACCGAUCAACUAUUACUGAGGAGACUUUGAUAGAGAAACAGAAGAGCAUAUUUGGAAAAUCAACGCUGCAAUCAAGAGAUGAAAAAACAAGAAUGUUAAGGGCAGGAAGUGCUAGAAUUCCUAAUUCAGAUGAAAGGGAAGGAAUGGUGCUUCCAUUUUUACCACGUUGCAUCACAUUUGACAAUAUAAGAUAUUCAGUGGACAUGCCAAAGGAAAUGAGAUCUCCUGGAGCUGAGGAUAGGUUGGUUCUUCUAAAAGGCGUUAGUGGUUGUUUUAGGCCAGGAGUGCUUACUGCUCUAAUGGGUGUUAGUGGAGCAGGAAAGACUACUCUUAUGGAUGUACUCGCAGGUAGGAAGACCAGAGGAUAUACAGAGGGAACCAUCACCAUUUCAGGAUAUCCCAAGAAGCAAGAAACCUUUGCUCGUGUUUUAGGAUAUUGCGAACAAGAUGACAUCCACUCUCCAUAUGUGACAGUUUAUGAAUCCCUUAUUUAUUCUGCGUGGCUUCGUCUUCCUCCCGAAAUUGAUUCAGUGACUAGAAAAAUGUUUGUUAAUGAGGUGAUGGAUCUUGUUGAGAUGAGAACAUCACAAGGUGCAUUGGUUGGAUUGCCUGGAACAUCUGGAUUAUCGACCGAGCAACGUAAGAGAUUAACCAUUGCCGUUGAGCUCGUUGCAAAUCCUUCAAUAAUAUUCAUGGAUGAGCCAACCUCCGGGCUUGACGCUAGGUCGGCUGCUAUUGUAAUGAGAGCUGUUAGAAACACGGUUGACACAGGAAGGACGGUGGUGUGCACAAUUCACCAACCGAGUAUCGAAAUAUUUGAAUCCUUUGAUGAGCUCUUACUGAUGAAGUUAGGAGGUGAAGAGAUAUAUUAUGGACCACUGGGGAACAGUUCUCAUCAACUUACAAACUAUUUUGAGAGCAUUCAAGGCGUCACGAAAAUAAAGGAUGGCUGCAAUCCUGCAACUUGGAUGUUGGAAGUUACAACAUCAUCACAGGAAGAAGUAUUAGGUGUCAAUUUCAAUGAAAUUUACAAGAACUCUGAAUUGUACCAGAGGAACAAAGCAUUAAUUAUGGAACUAAGCCAACCGUCUUUUGGAUCAAGUGAUUUAUGUUUUCCAACAAAAUAUUCGCAGCCCUUCCUAACACAAUGUAUUGCAUGCUUAUGGAAACACAACUUGUCAUAUUGGAGGAAUCCUAUCUAUUCUGCUGUGAGAUUUUUUUUCACCAUUACGAUAGCCUUGAUGUUUGGUUCAAUGUUCUGGAAUCUUGGUAGUAAAAAAGACACAGAACAGGAUCUGUUAAACGUUAUGGGCUCAAUGUUUGGAACUGUAUUUUUCAUGGGGGCUUCAUACUCUAUUGGAGUACAACCAGUUGUUGCUAUUGAGCGCACUGCCUUCUAUAGAGAAAGAGCUGCUGGAAUGUAUUCAGCAUUUCCUUACGCUUUUGGACAAAUUGCAGUUGAGCUACCAUAUAUCUUCGUUCAAUCUCUAAUGUAUUGCACUAUUGUCUAUUCGAUGAUUGGGUUUGAGUGGACGACAACAAAAUUCUUAUGGUACUUCUACUUCACAUAUUUCACGUUGUUGUAUUAUACGUAUUAUGGCAUGUUAGCUGCCGGCUUGACGCCAAACGACACCGUUGCUUCCAUUUUCUCGUCUUUUUUCUAUGAAAUGUGGAGCCUUUUCUCGGGAUUUAUCAUUUCCAAGACCGCGAUGCCAAUUUGGUGGAGUUGGUUUUAUUGUUGGUUCUAUUGGGUCUGUCCAUUCUCAUGGACUCUAUAUGGUUUGUUUGUAUCACAAUAUGGAAAUGACCAUAAUUUGCUUGACACAAAACAGACCGUGGCAGAGUUCCUUAGUGAUUACUUUGGAUUUAAGCAAGAUUUUUUGUUGGUGGUGGCAGUUAUGGUAGUCUUCUUUGCAAUCUUAUUUGCUUCCUUAUUUGGUUUUGCAAUCAAAAUUCUAAAUUUCCAAAACAGAUGA